GAAUCCCGGCGAGAGACCUCAACUGUGCCACCUGGUGUGUCGAAACAAAAAGGCGCAUCAGACACACUGGUCCUAGUUCUCGGCUGGGACCGAAACUCAUGUAGUGAUGUGUUUCUGGAGGGAUCUAUUUUGCGAUACAACUCGCUUCAAACGUGAAUGAUCUUUCCCCGUACCUGGAAGGAAGAGGAGUAAAAGUGAAGAGCCGUCCUCAAAAAGACUGAAACUGUUCAUCUGAAACCUCGAACGUAUUUUUUUUGUUUGUUUGCGUGCUACUCUAACAAUCCGCUUUUAGACUUUGCGGACAUAGCCAUUAGUAAUGUCGUCGACCCUAGCUCGCAGAUUUUGUACGCGGGUUUCAGAAACCCGAAAAGGGAAUGUCUCCUUGAUUCUUCAGUCGGUUUACGGGAGAAAAAUCAGACAGAUCACAGUCAAACCCUUCAGCGCCUCAAGCAGAAAGGGGCAGGCUGCAGCCGCCCCGGAGAGGGUCGUGGCCGAGAGGAAGGGGCCGGUCCUGACCGUCGGGAUCAACAGGCCGGAGGUCAGGAACGCCGUCGACCGGGAGACGGCCCGGCAGCUGCUCGGACACUUCGAGGCCUUCGAGGAAGACUCGUCCCUGGCGGCCGCGGUCCUCUACGGAGUAGGAGGGAAUUUCUGCUCUGGUUACGAUUUGAAAGAGCUGGCCCAUCACUCAGCCUCCAUUAAAUUGGAACAAGAUGUCACCAAGGGUCCUGGUCCUAUGGGCCCGUCUCGCAUGCAGCUCUCCAAGCCUGUGAUAGCGGCUGUGAGUGGUUAUGCCGUCGCUGGAGGUCUGGAGCUCGCCCUGCUGGCGGACUUGAGGGUGAUGGAGGAAAGCGCCAUCGUGGGGGUGUUCUGCCGGCGUUUCGGCGUUCCUCUGAUUGACGGAGGCACGGUGCGGCUGCCUCGUCUCAUCGGCCUCUCCAGGGCCCUGGACCUCAUCCUCACAGGCAGGGCCGUGGGCGCGCGGGAGGCGCUCGCGUUCGGGCUCGCCAACAGGGUUGUCCCCGACGGAGAAGCCCUGCAGGCUGCCCUGGCCCUGGCCAAGGAGAUCUCCGAGUUCCCCCAGCAGUGCCUGCGCGCCGACCGCGCCUCGGCCUACCACAGCGCCUUCGACGCCCCCUGCUUCUCUCAGGCCCUGCAGUUCGAGCUGGACCACAGCAGGCACGUUAUUCUGGAAGAGGCCGUCGCAGGUGCCAAGAAGUUCGACUCGGGAACCGGGAGAGGAGGGACUUUUUCUUGACGCGCUCCUUGUACCUUUGCAAAGGUGUGCCAAUCGAACGAUGUGGCUGAACUUUUAAUUUUUCCUCCCCGUUAUUCUGUAAUGAACGAACAGAGCAUGUAUUUUCUAGCUUUUUAGAUGCUGAAUCAUGAUUAGAAUCCUGUUUGAUGUGGGAAACCGUAUUAUACCAUUACCUGUAAACUCUUUAGGUCUUGAUCUCAGUGGUGGCUUGGUGCUGCUCUAGACUGGAAGUUCCUGAAGGGAAACUGGUUCCAGUUCUGUAACAUACAAGGGAAAAUGGUUUGAGACUAAUUGACUCUCUGGUCACAGCUGCUAGAGCCUGUCGCACACAGGGACAUAGCUGGCGACAUAAAACCUGCUCAUUAGAGUGAAUGUAGUUAGCAAGGCUAAUGGAAAUGUGUCUGUCAAGUACUGUGUGAAUAAAAGACUGCAGCAUUAA